AUGCCUAAAAAAGUAAAGGUGCAGCUUCCGCACCUGCAGAAGCUGGACAACCAGUCCAUGACCGAGGAGGAGCUGUCCUGUGCGCUGCUGGAGGGAGAGGAGGUCACAGCCCCUGGCAUUGAGGGCACAGGGAACGGUGGGUCUGAGCUGUCCUACGCACUGAGUGGCAUGGACACCAGCGCCGAGACCCGGCAGGACACACUGAGCUGUGGCGAGGAGGCGACCAGCGUCCAGAGCCAGCUGGGCCUGAAGCCGCCUUCCUGGGAGCGGUUCCCUUCCUUCUCACAGAGGGACGCCGUGAGCGGUCACAAGAACAGGAACAACGUGCUGAGUGCCGUCCUGCUGCUGCUGCGGGAGCUGGACGCCGAGGGGCUGGAGGCCGUGCGGCAGACCGUGGUAGGCCGGCUCCAGGCCCUGCACAAGCUGGAGCUGCAGGAGGACGUGGAGUGA